AGUAAAGCGCGCGGCAGACGGUCUUCGCGCGCCGAGCUCUACGGUCGUGAUUCGACUCUGGCGAUCGACUUGUUCACUUUUUAUCUCAUAGUGUGCUCCAUAAUUCUUAAAUAAUAAACAAUUCAUCGUCAUUGUCAUUAUCUUUAUCACAAUAUCAUUGUCAUUAAAUAUUAUUAUCGCCAUCGUUAUAUUUUCUUUUUUAUUAUUAAUAAUAAAUAUCGUCAAAAGAGUUAAACGUCUUAAAACGUAAUCGUUCGUGCUUCGUAGAUAUAAGAGGAAAAAAAGUAUACACACACACACAAAUAUAUAUAUAUAUACAUAUAUACAUAUAUACAUAUAUAUGUUACAAUAAUAUAUGUAUAUAUAUAUGUAAUAAUAAUAUUGUCGUUCGCGCCUCGGUUUUGUUGCGACGCAUUUUGUGUGAUCGAUCGAAUAUAAACAAACAAGUUUUUUUUUUUACAACUUCGUCCUACAAUUCUGAUCAACGGAAAUUUUCUACGACUGUUGGGAUCAUAGAAAAUAUACGUUUCUCGUCGUUAAUCAUCACGGACAUAAAAGAAAAAGAGAAAAUAGAGGAGAAAAAAGAAGAAGAAGAAGAAAAGGAGGAAGAGGAGAGGAGGACGAAAAAGUAGAAGAAGUAAAGGAAGAAGAGAAAGAAGAGAGAAAAGAAGAAGAAGAAGAGGAAGAAGAAGAAGAAGAAGAAGAGGAAGAGGAAGAGGAAGAAGAAGAAGAAGGAGAAAAAAAAACAGUGAGAGUUUGGUGAUGUGCGCGAAAUCAACGAAACCAGCAGCAUUCACGAUGUCGUCGUUCCUCUGGAUCAUCGCCCUACUUUAUCCAUCGAUCAUUCAAGCAGCAACAAAACCGCCAAUAGUCGACAUCGAACCAAAGGGCCAAGCUGUGGUACGUUUGGGUGAUAGUCUAAGGAUCUUAUGUACGAUGGGUUCGCCAUUGCAAAUCUGUCGCGUCGAGAUACAGGGUGAAAGCAGCAUGAUUCUCAGACCGAAUCAAUCAUCGGACGAUGGUAUCGAGUAUUACGGGGAGGGUACUAAUAAAGGACAAUGCGGUGUUCAUAUCUUAAAAGUGAAGGAACAACACAAUGGUAUCUUCAGGUGUGCAUUAACGCCGGAAGAUCGUCGUGUAGAGAGCAACGCCAGCGUUAUUAUAGUCGUUGCUAAACCACCAAACAAUCCAGAACUUCAUACAAGUCUAGGACAUUAUGGUAGAUACGAAUAUCAAAAAGGACAAAAAUUGGAAAUCAGCUGUAGUGCCUCUGGCGGACGACCACCUGCGAACGUAUCUCUAUAUCUCGACGACGAACCACUUGGCAAUGACGAAAGACCAAUUAUCUACGAAGACUCUAACAUGAACGAAGUAUCCAUCGCAGUACAAAAUGCUUCACGUAGCUUGGAUUGGACCGAUAAUAGCAAAACUUUAAGAUGCAUAGCCAAUCAUAUUGCCUUGGAUAAACCGAAGGAGAGUAAAAUGCAAUUGCAAGUUUAUUAUCCGCCACAGCCACAACCUGUCAUCGAACAUUUUGGAUACGUAAUUGGCCAACAGGGUACUGUAAACGUAACGGUUUACGCAAAUCCAAGGCCACGUUUCUUAUGGCGAGUAAACGGCGAGAAAAUCGAAGAAGGCCGUCCAGAUGAAAGCAAUCGUCUUGAGACUUCCACUGCCGUAGAUUUGGGUAAUGGCGCGUGGCUCGUAGUAUUAACUAUCGAUAGCGUUCAAAAGUCCGACACGCAAAAGGAAUACAUCUUGGAAGCUCACAACAAGGAGGGAGCUUACGAAUACCGUAUCGUUUUGUCAACGUCCCCAGAACCAGCAGGUGUCGAUCUCGAUGCUGGAUCAAUCAUCGGUAUCGUCGUUGGUGCUUUGGUACUGAUUCUCAUCGUGUUCCUGGUGAUUUUCGCUCGAGCAACCGGUCGCUGGUGCUUCGCAGCGAGGCGACGUGGCGACGAGGAAGCUGCCGGUGGUAUCAGCGCCGGAAGUGAGGCACACAUAACGCCCGCUGAUGACGAGGAAGAAGAUGAAGAAGACCCAAGGAUCAUCGAUGAAAAAAUACCACAAGGUGGCCAGGAAAACCCGAUCCAUGCGAGCACCGAGUACGUCAAUGGCCGUACUAACGAUUUUAAGGAUACGAAAAAGGAUGAGAAGACGGACACACCUGUCUAAUGAUAUUUCUAAUAAUCACGAUAAAGCGAUGAUCACCUUUAAGACAUUCCCUCGAUCGCCGGAUGCUCGAUCCUAAUACACACAAACAUACGCAGGCACGCAUACACAUACACAAACUAACACAAACUAACACACACACACACACACACACAUAUACAACGUACGCACGCAUGCACGCACAAGUACACGCUCAUACAUAACCCUCUUUCCCUCUACCUCUUCGCCUCUUCCUCUUAUUCUCCUUCCUCCCCCGUCUAACCUCCUCCAUCUUUUCUCUCCUUUGUUUUUAUUUAUUUAUUUACUUUUUUUUUUUUUUAUUUUCUUCGACAACAUGAAUAAAACGAUACAUCUCUUUUUUUUCCUAGUUCCUUUUUCUUUCUUUUUUUUUUUUUUUUUUUUUGGAAAAUCCUUCUUUUAUAACGAGAUAAUAAUAAUAAUAAUUAGGAAACGAUAAAACGGACCUAGCGAUUGUAGGAGAUGCGAUUGUAUAUCCAAAUGUUGAAAAAAGUCGAACGAGACUUUGUUCUCUGUGCGCUUUGCUCUUUCUCCAUUUUUCUUCCUUUUUUUUGUUUUGUUCUUCUUCUUCUUCUUCUUCUUUUUUUUUUUCGUUUUUCUUUGUACGUUAUCGUACGAUAAAUCAAAAAUUAUUAACGAACGAAUGACAGGCCUUUCUUCUCGCAUAUUGACUUUUGAAUAUUAUUGUUCAUAGCUUUUUGACGCGCUUAUACAUUGUUUAAUGCUCGUAAGUUAAGAACAAGGAUAUAUCUAUUGAUAUUAUUCUAAUGCCGAACAACAAUCUCAAUUUUUUACAUUAACAUUUUUCUACGUGAUCUUUGAGAGGAAGAAGA